AUGGCGUCCGACGGGGAAGAAGUAAUUACGGACCAAGAAAAAGUGAAAAUAGUAUCAGAUUUUAUCCUCCAUUCCCCUCCUGGCGAAUUCAAUGAAGUGUUCAACGAUGUGCGAAAACUGCUCAACAACGACGACCUUUUGAAGGAUGGCGCCAGCGGGGCAUUCGCCCAGUACAACAAAGAUCAACUAACCCCCGUUAAAAUAGAAAACGCCGACCAUUUGGUGCUUAUCACGGAAUACAACGACUUGGGAAACAAUAGGUUUUUCGACCCCAGAAGCAAGCAGAGCUUCAAGUACGACCACCUGAGGAAAGAAGCCUCCGAAUAUCAGCCAUACACCCCCGACCCCACUGCGGAGCCCUGGCGGUUGGCCCUGGACGCCGAGUUCAUCCAGUAUGCGAGGAACCACUAUAAAGACGGAGUGUGCAGUGUGGUGGGAAGAAACCAAGGGGGAAGUGUUGUUCUCACAGCAUGCAUUGAAGACCACCAAUUCCAGCCCAAAAACUUCUGGAAUGGGAGGUGGCGAUCCCAGUGGUCGAUAUCCAUGAAUGGGGGCACAAUGGCAGAGGUGAGAGGCAUUCUCAAAGUGCAAGUGCAUUAUUAUGAAGAAGGCAAUGUUCAGUUAGUUAGCACCAAGGAAAUCAAGGAAUCUGUAGCAGCUUCUUCAGAGGUACAAACAGCUAAAGAUAUAGUGCAGGUCAUUGAAACUGCUGAGAAUUUGUAUCAGACAGCCAUCUCUGAGAACUACCAGACCAUGUCUGACACCACUUUUAAGGCUCUAAGGAGAUUACUGCCUGUCACCAGAACGAAGAUUGAUUGGAAUAAGAUUGUGUCAUAUAGUAUUGGCAAAGAACUGAAAACACAAUGA